AGGGACUCUGACUCUGACCGGUCAGCUACUGACUCCCCAGGUGUUAAAGAUGAUUCAGACGACGUAUCGAGUAAGAGCUGCGGCGACGCGUCCGGGCUCGCCAAGAAGCAGCGGAAAGCCCGCACGGCAUUCACCGACCACCAGCUGCAAACACUGGAAAAGUCUUUCGAGAGGCAGAAGUACCUCAGCGUGCAAGACCGCAUGGAACUCGCCGCCAAGCUCGGCCUCACCGAUACACAAGUCAAGACCUGGUAUCAAAAUAGACGGUGA